AUGGGAGAAACCGUGUAUGCCACUGCUGAGCCUGGGCAGGGGACAGCAGGGAGCUCGGCGGAAGAGAUGACGGAACCGAAGGAGACACCUCUGCCGAAGUUGCAGCUAUUUAUCCUGCUGUAUCUGCAGCUGGCCGAACCUAUUGCUUCCACGGUGGUGUACCCAUUUGUAAACCAGCUUGUGCGGCAGACCGGUAUUAUUGGUGGAAAUGACGAGAAGACAGGCUAUUUUGCCGGACUCAUUGAAUCAUCAUUCUAUGCUACUGAAGCCGUCUGCAUCCUUCAAUGGGGCAGAGCCUCGGAUCGGAUCGGACGCAAGCCGGUCUUACUGGGUGGUUUGCUCGGGCUGACACUGUCAAUGAUUGGGUUUGGUUUGUCAAAACACUAUUGGGCACUAGUUUUGAGCCGUUGUGCUGAGGGUGCACUGAACGGCAACAUCGGAGUGACGAAGAGCAUGAUGGCUGAAAUUACAGAUUCCACUAAUAGAGAUAGGGGAUUUUCAUACCUACCUAUGAUCUGGUGUCUCGGCAGCACGAUUGGACCCGUCAUCGGUGGUGUAUUCGCAGCUCCUGCCACCCGUUGGCCAGGUACUUUCCGCUCUUCAAACUUUUGGAUCACAUACCCGUACUUUCUUCCGUGCAUCAUAGCUGCAUGCAUUUCUAUCAGCGCAUUCUCAAUGGCUUUGCUAGGUCUCAAAGAGACUUUACCACCAUCAAAGCGUCAGCGGAAAUCGAUCGGCCAGUCUCAGGGAAGUCAACAGGCGGUAGCAUCCUCGCCCCUGCCGCACCGAGAUUGGAAGUGUGACUUGGCUUCACGAGACGCUUCUGGAGGAAACAUCGACCCUCCAUCUACCGCCUUUGAAGUACUCGCUGAACCAGAGAGUAGGAUCGUCACUAUGGAGGUGGCAGAGCACCCAAUUGACGGAGGGGAUCGAACAGUGUCUGAUGGACACGACAAGGACAAAGCAAUUGCGACGUUCAAUGUCGUGGAUGUAGAGGAUGGGCAGUUGGUUGCUGUAACCAGCAUCCGCUCUAUUCUCAUCCCCCGAGUACUCCUGCCGAUCCUCAACUACGGCUUCCUGGCCUUCAUCGACCAGAGUACGGUCGUUCUCCUCCCGCUGAUGUAUUCUUCCCCGGUAUCCGAGGGAGGCUUAAAUAUGUCCUCGUUCACCAUCGGGAUAAUACAAGGAGUCGCCGGCGUCAUAGGUGGUGUUAUUCAGAUCCUAACAUUCGCCUGGAUGCACCGCAAGUUUGGGACGAAACGGCUCUAUCUGACGUCUUUCUCAUGUUAUCUUCUUUGCAUCUGUGCGUUCCCCUUAUUGAGUCUGGUAACAAAGCGCGCUGGCCGGGUUGGAGUCGCCACUUGGGUCCUCAUUGUUCUGCAAGAAACUGCGUAUUCCGCGACGUUAAUGACUUGGGGAUGCAUAUUUAUGUAUAUCAGCGACGGUGCACCUAACCAAGCUGCUUUGGGCCUAACGAACGGGCUCGCUCAAACUACGGCGUCAACUGCGCGUGCUCUUGCGCCCUCAGCGGCAUCCUCGUUGUUCUCCGUGUCACUACAGCAGCACUUGGCGAGCGGGGCCUUGGUGUACUGGAUUUUGUGCGCGAUCACGGCGGGGGGCAUCGUCGCUUCGCUGUGGUUGCCGACGAAGUUGUUGUCUUGA